AACCUAACCUCACUUUAUUUUGAACUUUAUUUAUCAAAAAAUAUAUCAAACAAAAUAAUAUUCCUUCUAAACCGUAAGCCCUUUAUAUUAUAUUCUACCAAAAUUAUACAAAAAAUGUCCAAAUCAAAAACAAUUUUCUACGUUUCAAGACUCUUGUACCCCAAAUACCAUCCUAUAUGGCUUGUUAUUUACAUGUAUUUCAAGUACCACUCGGUAAUCAAGCGCCACAUUAAAUACAACUUAAAAACCCUCUCAGAUGGUGUCUUAUGGAAUAUUGUAAAAAACUACCCGAAAAGUAACUGUGAUAUUAACAAUUGUGUCUUAAUACAUCCAGACAACAUUUAUCCAAGUGACAAAAUUUUACGUUUGUACCACGAAGAUUCAGGCACUUCCAGAAAACUCCAAGUAAUACCUGAAACUAAUUGCAACAAAAACACAUUGUACGUAUCCAAUACGUAUUUUUACAACGAUUUUAUAAUGAAAAUUGAUUUUGACUUAAAAUUGAGCAAACAAGGCACCAAAGUAGAAUUUGCCCAAGAAAUCGAACUAUCUUUAGUAUCGAUUCCUUGCGAUAUCAGUAACGCAAUCAUUGACAAAAUAAUUGAAAACUAUUUCAAAUUGCCUAAGCUUAUAUGCCACAAAGACAUUGUAAGUGUAAACUUGAAAUACUUCUGCCAAGAGCUAUUUUAUGGUGAACCCAAACUAAAUUUAAUUGAAAAUGUUUAUUUUAAAUGCAACAAACUUAUUUAUAACAACAAAGAAGUUGACAAUGAGUAUUUGUGUCUAGUUGGAGAGACUAGUAUUAGACUGGGGCCCAAUGUACAAAGUUUUGUACCAAAAGUUAUUUUAAUGCCAACUGAAAUGGGGAGUUUUUCAGAAGUAACUGUAAUUCCUAGUGGCUUGGAGCAAGAAUUUGAACAACUGGAAAACGCAAUUUAUCCAUUUUUAAGCAACAAGAGCUUGAAGUUGAAGCCAAUAUUUCUGGUGCAAGGCGAAGAAGGUUGUGGAGACGAUGUUUUGAUAAAGGCUCUGGCUAAAACGGAAGGAAUGCAUCAUUUUCGGGUGAACAAUUCAGAUCUUUCUGCUAAUGUUUACGCUCAAAAUGAGUCAAAGUUGAAUAACGUGUUUUUCACUGCUAAAAUGGCAGCACCCUGUAUUUUGUCUAUACAUAAGUUCGAGGUUCUUGAAUGUUCUUCAUUUAGACCAAGGGGUAAACCACCAUCCCAGAAUUGGUGCAAACAAUUCCUCAAAGGGGAAUUUUUUUCACAUAAUUCCUCAAAAUUCCUGCAAAUUCCUCUAAAUCCCUGCAAAUUCCUCCAAAUACCCCAAAAAUUCCUCUAA